AUGUCAGACGUCGAAAAAGGAUCCAUCCGCUCUGAUACAUACUCGGUCAAUGUCAAGUCACCGAGUCCGGCUUGGACGCACCCCGCGGAUAAGUUCUGGUCUACGUACUUGGAAGACGCCGAGAAGCAGGAUAAUGCGCUGUCGGAGAGCUGGAAGGGUGAUACGGACGGGAUCUUGAUCUUCACUGGUCUGUUCGCUGCGGUUGUAGCUUCUUUCGUAGUUCAGACUACAACGACACUUCAACCUGACCCGAACGCCGAUACAGUCGCCCUCUUGACUCAAAUAUCAGCCCAACUUUCUACCAUAGCAAACGGAUCCGACACUCAAAUUCCCAAUUUACCCACUGCACAACCAUUCACCGCCCCAGCCUCAGCCGUCCGCGUCAACGCGCUCUUCAUGUCCAGCCUAAUCCUCGCCCUCGCAUGCGCCCUCUCCGCAACCCUCGCCCAACAAUGGGCCCGCCGCUACAAACACGCCGUCUCCCAGCGCGGCCCCCCGCACAUCCGCGGCCCCCUCCGCAUGUUCCUCUUCGAAGGCCUCACGCGCUUCCGCUUCGUGCACGUGCUAGGCUGCGUCGUCGCGCUCCUGCACGGCUCUGUCUUCCUCUUCGUUGGAGGGCUGAUCGAGUACUUCUACGCGAUGGACGGCGCCGUCGCGACGGUCGUGUUCACGCUGGCGCUGAUCAGUCUGGCGGUGUACGCGACCCUCAGCAUCGCCCCGCUCUUCGCGCCCGACUGCCCCUACAGCACGCCCCUAACCGCCUUCCUCCGCCUUACGCUCUCCAUCCUCUGCUACCCCGCCACCCGCCUCACUAAACUCCUAUGGACAUGCAAAGACCCGCUCCGGUCGUUCAGCAAACACAUGAAGAGCGCGCUCUCGGACCCGGCGCUCAAGCAGCGCGCGGCGAGGAUCUCGGUCGGCAGUCUUCGCCGAGCGGUCCAUUCUACGCUACGCAAUAUCGACGAGGAGCACGAGCUCGAGGCGUUCUUCGAGUCGGUGCCUGGGCUGCUUGAUAGUCUGCAUCAGGGCUCGACGGCCGUCGCGGACUACCUCGUGCACGACGAGGGCAUACUCUCGCGCGUAUCGCACUUGCUGGCCGUAGCAAACCCCGACGCGCGCCGCGUACGCGUGUGCACGGCGACGAUCCGCGCACUCACGCGGCGCGUUCUCGGCCCCGGCUCAUCGCCCGCAACCGAUUCGACCCUCACCCACGCGCUCUGGCGCAUCAUCGACCGUCUCGGCGGUCUACUCCAAAACACAGAAAGUUCCCUCGCUCUUCAUUCCGCGUGUACACUGGGCACAAUCACCGCCGACCUGCUCGACUGUACGGACCGCCGCGUCUCGCUCGGCACAACGAGCACUCUCGCGCACGGCGAUAUGUCCGCGAUGUUCAGCGCGCUGCUGGGGGACAGGAUGCCGAGCGGGGGUAAGGUGGAUAGGGAGGGCAGUCCGAGUAUUGGUGGGGGGUUGUGGGUCGAGGUUGAGGGCGGACAGCUGAAUUUGCGCGCGGACGGGCAUUUGCGCGCGCUUCUGCUGCUCGUGCGGCGUACGGUUCCGCUGUUGGGGCCGGAUACGCCGCAGGGAGAUGUGGAUGUCCUCAUUGAGGCGCUCGGGCGUCUACAUCCUGCGCGUGCAGCGAGCAUACCGCUAGUGCUAGAGCUCCGGGACGAGCUCGAUGCACUCGGCGCUCUAUGCACGCGACAACGGUACAGCGGCGAGGGCGAAGCGCUGCGCAGGGUGCAUCUUGCGUUGUUGAGAAGCGCGGCGGGGUUGCCUGGUUUGCUGGGCUCUAGUGUCGCGGCUAUACGCUGGAAAGAGGACGACGAUGGGUUGUGCGGGUCUUAUACUUACGGGAUGCCCAUGUAA